UUCGCGCGAAUGUCAGCCUCACGUGGUACUUGGACGGCCAGGUGGCCAUGCUGGAGUCUUCCGUUAAUCAUCGAGCUCAUCACGUCGCCAAAAGCUCGUCCUUCUUGGUACCUAUGCACGGUGGCAUCUGGAUCAUGUGUGUUUCUUUAUCAGGUACAAGUUAUCUACUAUCAGGUACAAGUUGUUUUUCAACGUAACUUUGCCGUUAAACAAACUCGACAAGCUUGCACAGACAUUCAUUCUCAACACUACAUGCCAACACACUAGAAUCGUUUUCGUCCGAGUUCGACUCCUUUUCUCUCUUUUUCUAUCAUUUUUAGACUAAUCAACGAUUAUCUCUCGUUGUCGUAAUACUGUUGUUUCCGUAGCAAAAUUAAGAGAUCGAUCAGAGGAGGGUGGUGGAAUCUUGAUUUUGUAACAAUUUCAUAUUUACAAAAUGUCUUUGCAUGAGAGUGGGAUCGACGAUACCAGUCGGAGAUUUCUAAGAAAUAGAAAACUCUUUUCGAUACGAUCGAUUCCUACGCCAACAGCGCUACGUAACGAUACGCUUGUGUGAGAAAAAGUAAAGGUAUCGAAGAAUUGAUAGAAUCGCGUUGCUCCCCGGAUCCACAGAAAGGACCGAAAAAUCACGGUCACGCAAUCGCACGGAUGUUCCGUCCCGUUUCGACACGGUUCGAUAUAUUCACUCAGAGUCAAGGUAGCGCGCUUAAAUAUAGUCGGCCGUAUGCACGCAAGACACCGCGCACCGAGACACUCGACAGUAGUGUCUUGCGACAAAAGAUCUCUAUCAAGUUUGCACAGGAUGGUAUUCAACGCCGUAAACCAUGACACACUCUAAUACGAGGAAGAGAUACAACUGCUAAGUCAGGUGGGUUUUCCACAAGAGAGAUGCAUCAAUUACUUAACGCCGGACGAGGCGCACGAAGAGAUACGCGCGGCUUGGCAAAAUCGAAUGCAGAAUCUGAGCAUAUCGUGCUCUUUGGUGUGUCUAAUCAUAUUGGGUUGCGCUGCCCUCAUAGGAUUCUUCGGACUGUGCAUGCAUCAGAUAUCAGCUGUGCUAGUAACAGGAGUGAUGUACCUUCUCGCAGCGACGUUCGCGUUGUUUACGCUAACCAUCAUCCACUUCAAGAGGGCUCAGGACCAUCGGAGUGGCGUCAGAACGGUGGAAGGACCCGAAGACGGUGUGAUCGGCAUGCCGGUUCUUCGUAGCAUCCUCAAGGCCAGACGUUUUACUACAGCGUGGAGCAUGGACCUGGGAUGGGGCGGAGUGACACUAUGCGCUCUCGCGUCAGUCGCUUGGAUUCUCCUCAGCAAGAUUAUGCGUUUCAGCCCGAUCGCCGCUAUGAUCGCGUAGCAGUGGGACGCCUUCGAGGUCUAAAGUCGUUUCUGGAGGAGAAGAAGGGGAAGAUGCUAAGACGAAAGACGCUCAUGCCGUUCCGGUGCUGCGAUUCUCUUAGAUACUUGUCGACACACUUCUGUACCCGCUCCCGAGGGGAUGGAAAUUUCACACAUUUUGUACGCCUAAGCGCUGGGAGCCGUCACAGUCUUCCGAGGACGUAGAGAGGAUUGCAGACCGGGACGGUUGUUACUCCAAAAAGAAUACGUCCAGAAACGACCGUCUCGAAGGCGAUAAGUUUUCACUUUGUAUUAUUCAUCUCGUACAAUAGUGAACCAGUCAAUAAUGGUGCAAGCGAUAAUACUUGGAGAACAUGUUAUAACGAUAGAAUGCCGUUUUCCAGCACCUUGCUUGCUUCAUCUUUUCGCGGGCGUGAAUCUUCCGACUAGCGAAUACGAUUUCAAGAAUACAUUGCGGAUGAUUAUUGACUCGAUAGAUGGCUUGGAAGAUAUUUGACAAAAAUGUUUCACUCCUCUUCAGCUAGAAGUGAAAUUGGACACUUGGUUGGUUUCUGUUACUACACGACUACUCCCUGAGUUCAUUCGUUUCAACUCGCAGUUAACUACGGUCAGAACAAUGCUUCUACGAAACGUUACACUUGAUGUACUAACGAAAAGGAGCACAGUGAUACCACUCUAUAGCAUAUAUCUCUAGUUAUCUCUGAUAUAUCACGCCUUGUUACGAUCAGAGCAAUAAGUGUGAAGCAUAGAGUAACGCGUAGAGCGACGCGAGCGUCAACAUCUCCCAAAAUACUAAUUCAUAUUAUCACAUUAUUACGGCAAAAUAUACGAAGAGAGAGGAAACCGCCAGGUGUCAGAUUUGCAAUUAUUACAAGCAAUUUUCAUGUUCUGUUUAACAGACAUAAUAAGCUUUAAGGACAGCAGCAGAAAAAGUGAAACACUGAAGAACGAUGCUAGAGAAAAACGUUCAACAUCAAAGUCAUUUCAAGUGAACAAUUCAGAAAGAAAAAAAAUUAUUCACAGAAAGAUGAUGAGAUUACUAGGAAGAACCUUUGAAAAUUGCUAGCAGGAUUUCUGAAUAAGCUGUAUCAUAUUUCAUGAUAUGUGACAUCAACUUCCAAUUUUUCUGAAAACUUUGACGAUAUCUGUCGUGCUUUUGCAAUGUAAACUUCUUUAAGUGGCAAACAAGUUUGCUUUUGUCAUUAUUUCAUCCACUAAAACUUAAAAAAUUGUUAGAUCUCUCGUGGUAUUGAAUAGAUUUAAGAAGAAAAGUCUCAUUAGCAAUGCUCUCAUCUUGAAAGAUGACGGCAACAACUAAACAAUUCUGAUUGCCAUGUCUUUUUAUGCAAGUUUUGUUGUUUGUUACAUUGUGUAUUUACAUGAGAAUGUAAUAAAGAAUAUGCAACAAGUCAGUGA